GUCUGUUUCUUUCCUCGUUCGUUCGAUGUUCGCUCUCUUCGAUCUUCGAGGCUCGUCGAAUCGAAUCGGAUCACGAUCUUUGUCCGGAAUACAGCUGGUUGUUCCGCGUGCAACGAUUAAACAGCCGAUAACACCGGGCUUCGAGAUCACAUCGGUUAUCGGAGAAUGAGCAACAAAGACGCGUCAACCUCCGUGUUCGAUACAAACGAAACUGUGACAGUCGUCAAGAUUCGGAACGCGAUGUUUUCAUCGGUUCUCUCCUCAUUUUCUCUUUCGAACAAAGAAAGAAAAGGAAGAAAAAACAAGAGAAAGGAACUUACAGACUGUUUCAUCCGCAGAGUGUUAUAGAACUUGGAGGAAUAAGUGUUCCAUUAGCGAGUCCAUCAAAGCCCUGGAGCAGUAACAUUUUAAAAGAUUCGUAUCCGUGACUGAAUAUAAAACCGUGCUUUGAUGCUGAUGGUCUGUGGCGAAUAAGGGUGAACGAGCGCAUCCGACGUCAGAAAGGUAGAAGGCCCUUCCUUGCAGAUGAAGAAGAAGAAGUAGAAGAAGAAGACUAAGAUAUCUGAUAGUGGAGGAGGAAGAGUUGGCCUAGAAACGGCGGUUCUCCGAUCUCCGAUCUGUUGGCGGAUUUUCAGGCUUCUUCCCGUCGUUCCACCUCGUCCAGUUACCCCUCCUCCGUUUGACUGGCCGUCGCUGACGAUGAUGGUAAUGGUAAAUGGCCCAUGGAGAGGCUCUCCAGUCCGCGCCUCCACUGGAAACGGGAGCACGCCACGUGAAAGUAGGAAGGGGAGGCUAUAGCCGGACCGACGUCGCUUCGUGCGCUUCAGUCGUUCGUGGACCUCGAAGGACGAUAGAGGUCGAAGAGGGCACUUCCUCCUCUCCUUCCUCACGGCGCCACCACCAUCACCUUCUCUACCAUCUUUCCGCGCCUUCGGCCUUAUCCUUCUUAACUGGUAGCGAGAGCACGAACGUCGUCUACGCACAAUAAGAUAAUCGUUCGCAGCCGUCCGCCUACUAAAAUUGACUUAUAACGACGUCGUUGAUACACGACCGUGGCAAACGUCCGAACGGAUCGUCAACAGUACGAAGGAUGCAUCGUCACAUCUCCCUCCUCGUUGGGAUCAUCUUGCUGUGUUGCCUCCAAGAUUUUGUGACCGGCGCCUGUCCCCGAAUAUGUCCGCCAAGCGGAGAGCCAGUCUGCGGUAGCGACGGAGUGAUCUACGCGUCCCAGUGUGAAAUGCGGAAGAAGAUGUGUGGAAAAGGCGUGACCGUGGCCACGGAGAAGACCGCUUGUCUAAGAUCGUCCGGUAGCAAGUGCGAGCAUCGUUGCCCCGGCGAUCAGGAUCCGGUAUGUGGCACCGACGGCCGCACGUAUCUCAACAAGUGCAUGCUCAGAGUCGAAAUCUGUCGAGUCGGUAUCGAGCUGUCCCACUUGGGCCCUUGCAACAACAUCUCCGCACAUAGGGAGAACUGCCCGGUCUCCUGUGACUUUGCACCACUCGACGGUCCGAUCUGCGGAAGCGAUGGCAAUGUCUACAAGUCUACAUGCCAAAUGAAGCUGCUCACCUGUGGGCAAGGCGUAGUACGUACGAACAAGAAGCACUGUCAAACCACGAGACAUUGUCGUGAAUCGUGUUGGCGCGGUGCCAAGCCAGCCUGUGGUAGCGAUGGAAUUCUCUACUCGAAUACCUGUAAAAUGCGAGCAAAGAACUGCGGCAAACACGUGUUCGAAGUGCCGAUGUCGUACUGCGUGUCGCUGGAACGGACGUCCGGUGGCCAAUCGAACGCCUGCCCUUUGGAUUGCAAAAGCGAGCCGGAAGUUCCGACCUGCGGAUCAGACGGAAGCAUAUACAAGAACGAAUGUGAAAUGCAAAUGCUUAAUUGCGGACAAGCAAGAAGAAAGGUGACAGUGGUAGACUUUGAGAAGUGUCGAGCUCGUUUGACUAAGUGCAUGAAACAGCAGCAAAGAUGCGGGAACGAGGUGGAUCCAGUUUGCGGAAGCGACGCCAACACAUAUCCAAAUCAAUGCCACUUGAACGUGGCGGUCUGCUUAAAGGGUAUUCAAUUGGCUCACGUCGGAGAGUGCACGACCUUGAAAGAGACCGAACAGUGCCCCGAAGAUUGCAGCGAGGUACCUGAGGAACCAGUUUGUGGAAGCGACGGCAACGUUUACCGAUCCCUUUGCCAUCUACAGCGGGAGACAUGCGGUCAGAGGGUAGUUCAAGUUCCAGCACAGCAUUGUCGCACUACUGCGCUCUGCAACCAGAUCUGUAGUGGAGAGCGGCAGUUUGUUUGUGGUUCCGACAACAAGCUUUAUCGUAACGAAUGCGAAAUGAAGAGGGACAAUUGCGGGAAACACGUGUACGUGGUGCCCAUGAAGAGGUGCGUGCAAGGUUUCUUGUUCCGUGGGUGCCAAAAGAUCUGUCCACCCUACUACGAUCCUGUUUGCGGUACCGACGGCAUGACCUACAGCAAUGAAUGUUUUUUGGAAAUUGAAAACUGCCGCAGUCGAAGCAUAGUUACAAAGAAAUACCAUGGAGUGUGCGGGCAACCGACUGAAGAACCUAAGAAUUAUUUGUAUUAACCUGAUCAAAUUCUAUCUUCGUGAAAAUAUGUUUUUAAAAAAGUAUUUUUUCAAAAAAUGUCGAUUUCAAGACGACUCGUAAAUUAUUAUAAGAAAUGAUCGAAUCAUAUUCUUUGAAGUAUUAGCACGAUCUUCCCGUAAGAUACUCUUAUAACGACCGAACGAUUUAAUCGAAAGAAAGUAUCGAUUUUUGUACUUCGAUCGUAUAUUUUUACACUUUGUUCGUCUUGAAGUCAAAUUCGACAAAUUUCUAAAUAUUUACGGAAUUUUGAUACGAGGUGUCCGCUUUCUGAAGGAAAAAUAUUUCGAGGAACGAGUAUCCCAUUAAUCGUAUACCUAACUCGACUUAUGAUAAUGGACAAGAUUCUUAUUAUCAAUUCCGUAAUCGAUCAUAUCGAGACUAGUAAAUCCACUCAAAUUAAUUCUCGUAUUCGUCAUUCUCGAUUUUUGAUCGCUAAUCAUCCGAUCGAUUGGACCAAGACUGCAGUUUAUAGCCAACAGCCAUUAUUCGCGGUACGUGCUUGGCAUUUUUAUCGAUCAUACAUGAACGCUAACGACCACGUUGAUUACCAAGUAUCUAUAUUUAUUUCGCAUUCUUUCUGUUCUUGGAUUGAAAACGAUAUAAUGUGGCAUUCUUGCGUGAUGCGAUAUUACGAAUUUCGUGCUAGAUCGAUCGUGCGUUUGUCUAACCCUUCCGCAUCUUCGCAUAUUUCUCGCCGGUAAACUCAUGUCUUAUUUAUUGUAGUAUUAUUAUUGAUUAUCGUAUCAUCUUUGCAUCAUUCUGUUUAUCGCUACUGCUACGGUAACACGAAUAGUUCCAAAACUUAUUCUAAUUGUAAGAAAGUAUUUAGCUAUAUUAUAUGUAUAUCUCUCUCUUUCUGAUAUGUGAUGUUCAUACUAUAAUUAUUCUUCUCCUUUUCGUACCUUUUUAUUUAUUAUCAAACAUGCGACAAUCCUUUUUGUAUCGAUACUAACAUACAUGCUUCAAAUGUCAAUAAUAAACUAUAUACGUAUAUUUUAAGGUAAAAA